AACAACAACAACGAAAACUACCAUAACGAUUAUUACGUCACUUCAGAUGACGUCACGAACCAGUCGAUGCUGAAAAUUUACACGGCGUUUUACGCUCUAGUCUUUGUCAUUGGGACGAUUGGUAAUAUCUCAGUUGUCUACGCACUAACUGCCUAUCCACAACUCAAAUCCGUGACGAAUACUUACAUUUUGAAUUUGGCGGUAUCCGACAUUUUCUACUUGUUCGGUAUACCGUUUCUACUCGACGUUGCUGUGAAGAGUGAGUGGGUGCAUGCCGAGUUCUUCUGCAAGACCUACCUAGGACUGAGCACCAUUAACUGGUUCAGUAGCGUCUUCACCCUGACGACCCUCAGCAUCGACAGGUAUUUGGCCGUCUGUAAGGCUAUCCACAGUGCGACGAUUCGAACGCAGUUGAGCGCCAGAUGCAUCUGUCUGGUCGUUUGGAUUCUCUCAGCCUUCUUUUCCUCUCCAGUUUUCAUCUUUUCAAGACUUGUCGAGAAUGAUGACGGGAGGUGGUCCUGCAUACUGGAUCUGCCGGAAAUCAGUGGAGAUGUCGAAUAUACUGGACUCUUGUUUAUCUGGGGUGUGUUCAUAAUCGCCUACAUCAUCCCGAUCAUCUGUAUCAGCAUAUUCUACAGUCUCGUCCUACAUCGAGUCAGACGUCUUGGGCCUAAAAACGUCGUCAGAGUCAGAACUGGCAGGAAAGACAAGCGACGAGUGACAAUAGUGGUCUCAAUGCUCAUCGCCAUGUACCUAAUUUGCUGGACCCCCUACUGGCUCUUCCAGAUCAUCGUCAAGUAUCUGGAGGGUAUAAAUGAGUGGGUCAGGGUCUUAUAUCAAUUCCUCAGUGCCCUCACCUACCUGAACAGCGCGGCCAAUCCUAUCCUCUACUCCUUCCUCAACGACAACUUCAGAAACGUUCUCAAAAAUAGCUGCUGC